AUGAAUCUCAAGAUGGUGAUGGAGGAGAUGACGGGAAGAUAUCUCUUCUGCGCAAGUCAGAGGAUGUACAAGAGACGAUUCAUGAAGUGGGAGUGGUUCAAAUACCAGACCAGGCGGUCGCAGUCGACGUUGUCUCAGCCGGACAGUCAAGGCAAGACUUGUCACGGAAAGACUACACGACAGAGUGGCAGGCGUAAUACCCUCCAAAGCUUCAAGAACCACGAAGUAGAGGGGGCUCUCGUGGGAAAUAUGAACCUCUAG